AUGAACGGCCCGUUUAUCGCUCCUUCGCUCGUGUUUUCAGACAUGUUCCGCAUGGCGGUCGUCCACCUGAUCUUCAGCAUCCCAGUGAACGUGUUAGACGAGACUGCCGAAGCCGUCAUGCGCGAGGUGACGGAGAAUAUCGACGCGGACCCAGUCAAGUUGAGACACACGGUCGACAUCAUCUACGCGAGCGCUAUGGAAGACAAGAAUUGGGUAUACGUCGCAGUCAGGCUGCUGAACUAUCUCUGCCAUCUCAUCCCAGCGACACUAGCCGACCCAAACGUACUCCCCGAUGGCAACAACCAGCUACGCUCUGGCCCGCGCCUCGUCCAGCACUACAUCUACAGGCGUUCGCUAGCCGACUUCGAAGCCGAUAUGCAGAAGGCCGUCUGGUGUCAGCCGCGCAUGUGGCUCCUCGCCGAACUAGCCGACGCAACAUCAUCGCCUCUCCUUAUGUCGCUCAAGACGAAUGUUUGGAUCUUGGAUAUGAUGGUAAGUGCACAGCAUCUGUUCAGCAACCACAACAUCGACCUAUUUGUCGAGUACGUGGAAUUCGUUGCGCGUGGUCUGGAUGAGAAUCCGAUUACUGAAGCGGAGCUCACGAGGGUUUUGGAGAAAGUACGCGAGCGCACAGUGAACGCGGACGAGGAUUUGAUGUCCAAGAUCAAGGUCGCAGGACUAAUUUCCCUGAGGAAGAACGCCUGGGUUUUGUGA